AUGUCCCUGCUCCGUGCAUCAACACUGAUGAGCCUGCAGGCUGCUUCACAGCCACAGCAGGUUUUGUCCAUCAUCUGGGCACGGGAUGAUUCUGGCACUGAUGUGCGCAAAGGGAUUGAGCUCUAUCUGCAGAAGCAUAUGCAGACCUUCUUGCAGAAAAUGUUGUCUCAAAAGAAGGAUCUGCUGGGCAGCUCUGGCUAUGUCCCUGGGUCCCUUGCAGAGGGUAUAGCGCCAUCGUAUGAUGAGCGAGACUUCAGGUUGACAAUGCCGAGCAGUGUGGAUGGCAAGCUUGUCUUGCCACUUCGGGCAGAGAGGUUGGAGGAGCUGACCUUCACCCGCUGCCAAGAGGCCUUCACCCUCACCACCAAGCAGCACAAUGAGAAGUUCAAUCCUUCUGGCAUUGCCUACCAUGUGAAGAAGAGGAAGGCUGAGGCAGAGGUAGGUGCGGAGCACAAGCUGAUGAAGCUUGAGGAAUCUGCGACCCAGCUGAAGGAUUUGCCUCAGCCUGUGAUCUCCUUUCCGGUUGAGAAUGCAUCUGAUGUUUGUGUCCACAUUGAUCACAAGCUGCAGGUCUGGGUCUUGAGCACCAAUGACACCAUGCUCUCAAGGAACUGUCCAUUGAUGCUGGGCUAUGGAGAGUACAGGACAGGGGGUGAAGUUGCCCAACGAAAGGACAAGGGUGCCCACCUCUUUGAGAUGAAGAUGGAUGCGGAUUCAGAGGUCACCAACUUCAAGACCUUCUUGGACUAUUUGGAAGUGAAGGGCAUCGUGAAUCCUGAUUUUGUUGCCCACAGCGUUGAAGCUAUCAAGGAGAAGGAGGGUCAGUAUGAGAUCAAAACAAAAGAAGAAUGCGCAUUUGAAGUCAAGAAGUUGCCCAACAAUCAGACAAGCAGCCACCGGAAUGCUCUGUCCUUGUUGGACUGGAAAAAUCUUGGGGACAAGGUCAUGGUCCGAAUGCGGCUCAAGUACGUGGACAGCAAGAAUGCGACUGGCAUCUUCCCUCAGAAGCCUGGACUGUUUUUGAUGAACGGGCUGGAGAUGAAAGCUGGGAAGCUGUACUGCUUGAUCAAGGCGCAGAAUGAGAGCUAG